UUGCCCACAGAGCCAACGAGCAACAGGUCAACACCCCCCCCUCCCCGAAUGAAGAUAAAAAGAACAAAUGGAAAGCAAUUCCACCUGAGUGAAGAGCCCAGAAGGCAACCACAAAGUUCUGCCAGAGUUACGUGCAGCCUUGGAAGUUCCAUCCCCACCCUUUCCAGGAAUAAAGAAGUUAAGUCUGCGUACUCUGACCAACUCAACAUUUCCCCACUUCUUCUUCACUGGUGUUUCUGGGCCCCACCGGGACGCGUCUCUCUGUGUCUCCUGGAAAAUGAGGAUGGAGCAGAGGAUACUAUGAACUGCAAACGUCAACAAGUGAUUCUCAGGUGUGCAUAAAGGGAGGAGAAGGAUUUUGCUGGAAUGGAAGUUCUGCCUUCAGUUCUUUGGACUAGGCUGUUAAUUGAUAACUGAUCCAUAGCCUAGCUGGGAGCGAGGAGAUGCAAGAAGGAAAUCUCUGUGACACCAGGGAAGCAGCUUGAUUUUUUAUGCUUUCAUCAUAGGGCUUGUGUGGUAGCUGCAGUGUGCCAGGGAGAUGGGAGAAGUCAGGAUGUCGCUUGAAGAACGUGGCAGCGGCUAUGAGAAUCCAGCGUUAGAGCUGACGGAAUCUGAGGGAAAUCCUGAGACAACAGAGAACCAUCUCAGUGCUGCGGUCCAGGAAGAAAAACACACACAGCACACCCCUUUCCAGAAGUUGAAGAAAGCAGCUCAGCCAAUUUCCAAAGCAAGAGAGUUUUGCAAGGCUCAUGUCAAGAUACUCCGCAAGAUCUUCUUUGGUCUCCUGGCUGCAGCUUACCUGGCCUACUUCAUCGCAGCCUGUUGGCUGGACUUCCAAAGAGCCUUGGCUUUGGUCGUUCUAACCUGCCUGGGAGUCCUUCUCGGGCUCUACAGCCUGGUAAAGAAAUGGCGGGGAGCAGCAAUGGCCCGGAUGUUAAGCCCUGUUGGAAAAUGCUUCCGGGGCUCCUGGUCCUGGCUGAAAUGGGUGCUUUGUGUGAUUAUUUUGAUCGGCCUGGUUACGUGGCUGGUUCUUGACAUAUCCCAAAGGCGGGAGCAGUUGGUGUCAUUGGGCGGAUUUUGCACGUUGAUUCUGGUGCUCUUUGCUGGCUCCAAACACCACAGGGUUGUGUCUUGGAGGGCCGUAUUCUGGGGGCUUGGCCUGGAGUUCCUCCUCGGACUCUUUAUCAUCCGGACAGAGCCUGGCUUUCAGGCUUUCCAGUGGCUUGGUGAACAGAUCCAGACCUUCCUGAAUUACACCACGGCUGGUUCCAGAUUCGUCUUUGGAGACCAACUGAUUCAAAACGUUUUUGCCUUCCAGGCUUUGCCCAUCGUCAUCUUCUUCAGCUCUGUGAUGUCCGUUCUUUACUACCUGGGAGUCAUGCAGUGGGUGAUCCUGAAGUUGUCUUGGAUCCUGCAAUUCACCAUGGGAACAGCAGCCACAGAGUCACUGAGUGUGGUGGGAAAUAUAUUUGUCGGGAUGACGGAGGCACCCCUGCUGAUUCGCCCUUACUUGAUGGAUAUGACCAAGUCAGAAGUCCAUGCCGUGAUGACCGGUGGAUUCGCCACUAUAGCUGGCAGCGUGUUGGGAGCCUACAUUUCGUUUGGAAUUGAUGCCUCGUCUUUGAUCGCAGCUUCAGUGAUGGCCGCACCCUGUGCUUUGGCAAUGGCUAAACUUGUCUACCCAGAAGUGGAAGAGUCCAAGUUCCGGAGCCGUGAGGGUGUGAAAAUUGCCUGUGGGGCAGAGCAGAAUAUUCUGGAAGCUAUCGGCAAUGGUGCUUCAGUUUCUAUAGGUCUGGUGGCUAAUAUUACAGCCAACCUCAUUGCCUUCCUGGCAAUGCUGGAGUUCAUCAACGCCACACUCGCUUGGUUGGGGAACAUGGUCAACGUUGAGGGACUCUCCUUCCAGUUGAUUUGCUCCUAUGUACUGAUGCCCCUGGCAUUCUUGUUAGGGGCCAGUUGGGACGAUGCACGCCUAGUCGCCGAGAUGCUGGGAAUCAAGUUUUUCUUGAACGAGUUUGUGGCCUACCAGCAGCUGUCAACUUACAAACAGCAACGACUAGAUGGCUGGCCCGAGUGGAACGGGUCACAAAAGCAGUGGAUUUCUGUGAGAGCUGAAACCAUCACCACUUUUGCUCUGUGUGGAUUCGCUAACUUGAGCUCCAUUGGGAUCAUGCUGGGUGGCUUGUCAUCCCUGGCACCACAGCGCAAGAGCGAGUUUUCUAGUAUCGUCCUCAGGGCUUUGUUCACCGGAGCCUGUGUCUCCCUGAUGAAUGCGUGCAUUGCAGGUAUCCUGUAUGUGCCCAGAGGAGAAGUGACAGAUUGCUUGAGUUUCUUCAACACUACAGACCUCAGCUCUACCAGUUACCCCAUGUAUGUUUGCUGCACUGACUUGUUUGGCAGCACAACUGGCACCAAUGCGUCUCUUUCUUUCACUGACGUAUGGGGAAAUCAGGAUGUCAACAUUACAAGGAUGUACCUCGGGCAAUGCUGUCAUUACUAUAACGCCACAGCCUGUGCCGCGCCGUAAGUGCCAAGGAAUUGCUCGGGCCCACAUGAGGAAGGUGUCUCACUGUGGGCUUGCCAGCAUGAAGGACAGAAUAGCCCAAAUAAUAAAGUUUGUUUUUAUACUGGGAAA